GUUGGAAAUUAAUCAAUAAAAUAAAUAAAAAGUAAAUGAAGAAGAAUUUGUAUUAGAUUAUUCCUCAGGAUUUAAAAUGGAAAGAGAAUGAGAUUAUCCUAUAAUCCUAAUUUAAAAAAGAGAACGAUAAAACUUGCCAGCUCUUAGGGUUCGAUAAUUAUAUUGUAAUAAUAAAAGUAAUUUGGGUUUUUUAAUGUAUAGGAUAAUGAAAAAGAGCCAAAGAAGUAUAUACUACUAGAUUUUGAAGUGAAGUUUGAAAUUUUAAGAGAGAAUAUAAUAAAAAAAAAUGAGGAAGAUGAUUCUUUAGGUUAAAUCAAAGGAAUCAGCCUAAUAAAAGAUUUAGGAAAUGAUACUAUAACAUAAACUAAAUAUUUUGGAGGUGAAAAACUUAUUAAGCAAUGGAGAGAUUAUUUAAAAAGCAGAAUAAAUUAAUGGAAAUUUCAUUAAAUGUUUAGAGUUUACAAAAAAAUUGGAAAGGGAAAUUUUGCUUCAGUAUUUUCUUGUAGUAAUAUAGGUUUAUUUGGCAUAAAGAAUAGAGGAUGAGAAAAAAAUGGCAAUAAAAGCAUUUUCUAAGUAAGCUGCAUAUGAUGAAGAAAAUGGUAAAUAGGCCAUAGUUAAUGAAUUAAAAAUAAUGAGAUAAUUAAAUAAUUCACACAUAAUGUAGAUGUAUGAAGUGUAUGAAACUUAAAAUUCUCUUUAUGUGGCACUCGAAUUGUUAGAAGGAGGAUCUUUAUAUGAUUUGAUAAAAGAGAAGACUUUACUUUCAACAAUUUAAAUACAAUAAAUAAUGGUGGGAAUUCUAUAAGGAUUAAAUUAUAUGCAUUAAAGAAAAAUAAUGCAUAGAGAUUUAAAAUUAGAAAAUAUUUUAUUCAAAUAUUAAAAGUAUAAUUUAAAUGUAAAUAAGAAAAAUGGAAUCAGUAGUUAUAGCUGAUUUUGGUUUAGCUACAAAUGUUAAUGAACCUGUUUAUUUAUAUUGUAGAUGUGGUACUCCUGGUUAUGUUGCUCCUGAAGUUAUUAAUAUGAAAGAUAUGAAAGGACAUUACAGUGAAGUUUGUGACCUUUUCAGUUUAGGACUUGUGUUUUAUUUAUUAUUAACUGGAAAAUAAGCAUUUCCUGGUAAAAGUUAUUCUACUGUUGUCAAAUAAAAUAGAGAUGCUACAGUUGAUUUUAAAAUUAAAUAAUUACAAUAAGCACCUAAUUAAGCUAUGGAUUUAUUAAAAAAAAUGCUUGAAAAAGAUCCAAAUAAAAGAAUAUCUGCAUCUGAUUGUUUAAAACAUCCAUUUCUAGCUGAAACUAAUAAUUAAAUGAAUGAAGAUUCAGCAAAUGAUUCAAUUGAUGAAGGAGAAGAAUUUGGAAAAGUUGCAUCAAUAAUGAAUGCCUUAAAUGAAGAGUAUAAUUAUAAUUUAACAUCUAUUUUAGAAAUAUUAAAUUUGAUGCAUUUAGAAGAAAUGCCAUUGUUAAUUCUCCAGGUUCUCCAGGAAUUAUUGAAACUAAAUAAUUAAAAUAAUAAAAAGCUAUUGAUUCCUUAAAUUAACUCUAAAUGAAUUCUCCUUUAUUGAAUGGAAAAAUUGAAACUAUUGAUAGUAUACCUAAUAUUGGAACUCCAAAAAAUAAAUUAUGCUAAAGUAAUUUUUAAUAAUCUCCUAUGAUUAAACCUUCUCAAUUCAAAUAGUAAUCUAUUCAUCCAUAUAUUUAUAGAACUUUACCAUAGUAAUAAGUUUAAGGUAACCUUUUAUAAAAAUAUUCGUAAAAAAAAGAUUGA